UGUUAUGAUUUACAUGUGGGAUUUGGUUAGUAGAUACCUCCACAAUACAAACCUAUCCAUUAUCCAAACAUAUUAAUUUCCUUCAAUGCCAAAAAAUUUUAUUUGAAUAAAAUAGUCAUUUAUUAAAUUAAUAAACAAAUAAAAAGAAAACAUAGUUGGACUUUCUUAGACCUUUUAAAAUUCGGCAUCAAGAAUAAAGAAAAAAAACCUUUCAAAAUUCAAAGUCUCAUCAAACUCAUUCCUCAAGAAAGACUCUCUCUCUCUCUCUAUGAAGAAGCUCUGCCGGAAAGGAACCGUUCAUCCGUCGCCGGCGCCGGCGAUAAAGACCGACGACCAGUUUCUCUCUCUCCUCCCCGUGGCUAUCCUCUCUCUUGUGGCGGCGCUUUCGGCUGAAGACCGUGAAGUUCUUGCUUACCUCAUCUCAAACUCCGGCGACUCAAAUCGUUUCUCUCACCUCAAGAAAAACAAAACCCACAAAGCAAGCAAAGAAGAUAAUCAACACUCUCCUCUUUUCGUCUGUGAUUGUUUUAGCUGCUACACGAGUUACUGGGUCAGAUGGGACUCGUCACCGAGUCGCCAACUCAUUCACGAGAUCAUCGACGCCUUCGAAGAUAGUUUGGAGAUGAAAAAGAGGAAGAAAGAUCGGAGAAAACGAUCGGGAAAAGCUUCUGUACGAGUUGACUCGGUUGGACCGAGUCGACUCAGUGAGUUGGGUUCGAGUUCGGCCGAGUUUGUUGGUGGUGACUCGGGGAAAGAUGGAAAUUGCGGUGGUGAAGAGGCGGAGAAGGAGAAAGGCUCCGUUGGAAAGGUUUUGAGUUUCAUUGGUCAGAGAUUUUUGGGAGUUUGGGGAUAAGGAAAUUUCCAAACAUUUUGGUGGAAAAAAUGAUGAAAUUUACAAAAAGACAAAAUAAAAUAAGCUAUAGUUUGUUUUUGUAACAUUUUAUUUCUGGCUCAAGCUUUUUUCCAGAAAUUUUAUUUUCUUUUGCAUUUCCUUCAGUUUUUUUUUUUUUUCCUUUGAAAGGGGUUUAGUACUUCAUGUAAUAUAGAUGUUUAUUAACUACCCUGUAAUUUUUCAAGUUUAGGAGUCACUGUAUUAUAUACACCUAAAUGAAAUAAAUUUGUAUCAUAGGAAAUAAUUACA